AUGGCGCUCGGGCUCACUUUUGCACAAGAGACUGCAAUCGCCGUCGCCGUCGGGCUCACCUACAUGCUCGUUACCAAGAUCCCACUCUUCUACCGCCGCAAAGCUCGGAUUGCCGCAGCGCUCGCCCGUCUGCCGAGUCUUCCGGGCCACAAACUGUUUGGCAACUUGGUGCAGCAACACGAGCACAUCCACGACCACUACUACUGGAAACUGGAGCUUUUCGAGACGCUUGGGACCACGUAUGCGGUGCGCGUGGACCUUCUCAUGGACGGCUCUGUGUGCACGUCGAGCGCCGCAAACGUCCAGCAUAUCCUCGCGAGCAACCACACUAACUACGUCAAGCCAGCCAUGAUGCAGCGCGCGCUCGGCGAGCUCAUGGGCCGCGGCAUCUUCAACGUCAACCCGUCGGCCUCGUCGAGCUGGAAGGCCCAGCGCAAGAUCAUCGCGUCGCUCUUCUCGACCAACGCCAUCAAGACACUCAUGGACGCCGUCUUCCUCGAACACACGUCGGCGUUGGUGUCGGAGAUCGAAGCGCAAGGCGACGGCGCGCUCUUGGACGUCGAGGCUAUUGCGCUGUCGCUGACGACCAAGUUCACGUACGCCAUGGCGUUUGGGCUCGUCUUUGAGGCCGCCAACGCCACCGAGUUUCGAAACCUUUUUCGGGAGGCGAGCAACCUCAGCGUCGCGCGCUUCACACAGCCGUGGUACCGAUGGCUCGGCUGGUUCAUGCCGUCCGAGUACCGCCUCGCACGCGUCAUGCGACGCGUCAACGCGCUCUGUCACGACACGAUCCGCACGAAGCGGCUGAGCGCCACGAGGGGCAACGACCUUCUCUCGGAGCUCCUCCGGCGCCAAGAAGCCGGCGACGACCUGAUUUCGGACACGUUCAUCCGCGACAUGAUGAUGACCAUGAUGCUUGCGGGCCGGGAGACGGUCGGAAGCGGCCUCGCGUGGAUCCUCUACGCGGUGAGCAAGCACCCUGACGUCGAAGCGCGGCUUCUAAGCGAGCUCCAAACCAGCGAGAUCACGUACGCGAGCGUGGGCUGCAUGUCGUACCUCGAUGCGAUUGUACGCGAGACCUUCCGCCUCUUCCCACCCGUGCCCUACGAGCUCAAGAGCGCAGUCGCUGACGAUGUGUUGCCCGACGGCACGUUUGUCCCGGCAGGUACCAACGUCGAAUUCUCGCCCUUCGUCAUGGGCCGAGACCACACCCGGUGGCCGCAAGCGACGACGUUCUCGCCUGAGCGUUGGCUCACCGGCGCCACACGACCAAGUGCGUUCGAGUACCCGGUCUUUCACGCGGGCCCGCGCCGCUGCGUCGGCCAAGCCGUCGCGCUCCUCCAGCUCAAGGUCGUUGUUGCGAGCCUCUACCAGCGCUUCACGUUUGAGCUCAUCGCGCCGCUCAACGACCCUGCGUUCGAGCUCGGCAUUGGUCUCUUCUCGCAGGACGGCAUUCAAGUCCGCGCCCACAACCGCCGCUCGUUGUAG